AUGUGUUGCUUAAAGGUAAUUGUAUUUAGUGCAUUAAUAGCAGUCGUAUGUGGAGAGCGGCGAUUUCCAGUCGCAUUUAAGUUCGGGGCGGCGACCGCGUCUUAUCAAGUUGAAGGCGCCUGGAAUGUUAGUGACAAGUCAGCUAGUAUAUGGGAUACCUUCAUUCACAACAACGCUUCAGCCAUAGCGGAUCAAUCAAACGGCGAUGUGGCCUGUGAUUCCUAUCACAAGUGGAGGGAAGACCUUAACCUAGCUUCUGAAUUAGGACUAGAUUUCUACAGAUUGUCACUAUCAUGGCCGCGGCUACUGCCAAAUGGUUUCUCAAACUACAUUAGCGAGGACGGCAAGAGAUACUACAAUGACGUUAUUAAUGGCCUACUUGAGAAGGGAAUAGAACCUGUGAUAACUCUCUACCACUGGGAUUUGCCGCAGAAGUUGCAGGAUCUGGUCCUGAACCUGCUCGCUGGGCUAUACUCCCAUGCAAUCUAUUCAAAAGAAGGCGGUUGGCCUCCAUCUGUAGAAAAAUAUAUCGCAGAGAAAAGUGCCCGGGAAGGGUACACUAGAUCCAGAUUGCCACCGUUUACUGACGAAGAGAUCGAUCUUAUUAAAGGAACAUUUGAUUUCUACGCCUUCAACUACUAUACCGGCCGGUUAGUGAGAAAUCCGAAAGAGGGAGAAAAAAUUGGAAAGUGGCCCUUUUACGGCUGUAUAGAAAUAAAUGCCUUAAUGGAACCUGCGCCAGAGUGGCCACCAACCUCUUCUAAAUGGUUCUUUGAAUACCCAGAAGGACUACGACGUCUGUUGUCCUGGUUGAAAAAGAACUAUGGGGACGUGGAAUAUAGAAUUAUGGAAAAUGGUUAUGCUAGUAAUAAACGGGACAUUAACGAUAUCGAUAGAGUUAAUUAUUAUAAGACUCAUUUGGAACAGGUGUAUCUCGCCAUAACCGAGGACAAUGUGAACGUAACUUACUACACGGCUUGGACACUUUUGGACAAUUUUGAGUGGGUCGAUGGUUACGUGUCGAAGUUUGGUCUCAUUGACGUGGACUUCACUAAGCCGGACCGCCCCCGUACUCCACGCUCUUCCGCCUACUAUUAUGCCAAUGUUAUAUCUACACGUUCAUGGUCUGACGAUGUCUUAAAGACUAAUCCGGAACCUUAAUAAUAAAACUCAGAUGUUUUAUAUCGCCAUCGAUAUUGUCGGUUGUGUAUUCUAUGGUUCCCUUAAUUAGUUUUUAAAUAAUCACAUUACAUAGUUGUCCCGAGAUUAAGAC